ACUUUACUAUUACAAACUUACAAAAUUAUUGUCCAAAUUAAAUUUUUCAUUUUUAAAUACAUUUUGAACUAAAAAUGAAAACAUUCAAAUUGAAUAAGUAUAAUUUUCUUUACAUUUUUUCAUACUACAAAAUAUUUGAUAUUUUUCUAAGAGAUGAGGAUAUUUUCUGAUAUUUGAUCAAACUUCAGGGAAGGUAGUGAAAUUCGCUCAUCUUCUAUUGUAGUGUAUCUUUGGACUUUGAUAAAUCUCCGGUCGGACUCCAUGAAAAAACACUGAGAAUUGCAAGUUGAGGAAAAAUGAUAAUCAACCAUCUUUCCAGAUUUCAAUCUUUCCCUUCGACUCUGACCCAAUUCUUCUCCUCCAAAACUCGCCAUCAACAAUUCAUCAUACACUGCACCCUCUUAUCCAAAUCUUUCUCAACAAAUCUGUUAACCAAAACCCCCAACAAAAACCCCUCCACACUGCCACAGCCAAUAAGCUCAGAAAGUCCUGAACUUUCCGACGUACAAAUCUCCAUUGACAAGCUCUUUUUGCCGCCGGAUACCGAUGUUUCUUCUUUCACAGCCCCUUUGAGUAGCAGGGUUUUAAAGGGCUCUAACAUUGUGCUUAGCAAGUAUGCUAGUGAUUCGCAGGUGGUCUCUGCUGAGUUUAUCAAGAGCAGUGUGAAAACUGAGGACUGCCCUUCUGACGGUUUACCUGAAUUUGCUCUCGUUGGGAGGUCUAAUGUUGGGAAAUCAUCACUUCUUAAUUCACUUGUUAGGCGGAAACGUCUGGCCCUCACUUCCAAGAAGCCUGGGAAAACACAAUGUAUUAACCAUUUUAAAAUUAAUGAUAGCUGGUACCUUGUCGAUUUGCCUGGAUAUGGGUAUGCCGCUGCACCACAGGAAUUGCGGACAGACUGGGAUAAGUUCACUAAAGAUUAUUUCCUCAAUCGGCAAACUCUUGUUUCAGUAUUUCUUCUGAUAGAUGCGAGUAUUCCUGCCAAACCGAUUGAUCUUCAGUAUGCUAGUUGGCUGGGAAAGAAUCAGGUAAUUGCCCUUUUCAAUACUCUUUUGAACAAAAAAAAUUGGUAUGGGAAUGACAAUGAAGACGAACUUUUUGCUCAACUGUGAUCAAUUUCAUUUCUGUGGAUGUGGCAAUGUGCUUCAUUUUCAUUGGAACCAGUCCUGUAUGGUGGAGAGCUAGUACAUCCUGGCGUUCAGCUUUUUCUUGUCUUUCCACUUCUGACUAGUUUGUUUAAUUGAGAAUGUUUUCCUUUUUCUUUCAGAUUCCAAUGACCUUAGUUUUUACCAAAUGUGACAAACGGAAAAAGAAGAAAAACGGAGGGAAAAGACCCGAAGAAAAUGUGCAGGAUUUUCAGGAUUUAAUUCGCCACUUUUUCCAAACUGCUCCCCCAUGGAUUAUGACCAGCAGUGUAACCAAUCAAGGUCGUGACGAGAUAUUGCUGCACAUAUCUCAGUUGAGAAACUACUGGCUCAAGCAUUAGGGGUAAACAAACAUCCAGUCCUCUCCGGUUCUUUCUUCACUGUAUCUGUUGUGAUUUGAAACUAUCAAAGCCAUCCCUCUGUUCCAGGGAGUUUGAGCGGCUUGAGCAUUAUGCGUCUAUUGCUGCUCUGGCUUUUCUGGGGCAUCUCCUUCUGAAGUUUUGAUCUGAGAGCUAGUGCAUAUGAACCCAUAGGAAAUGUAAGAUCACUUGAUUAUUAUCAUUGGGUAAAGAAUCUUUGUAAACCAGAGUUAAUAAGUUAAAUGCCUCUUAUUUUCUUUGUAUAUUAUAGAGGUGAAGAAAAUCAAUGAAAAAUGCCCUUGUUCAUUGCACAUACCACAUAUAAGCAAAAACGUUACAAAAGUGCCUAUUCAGACACUUUCUCUGAUCAUUUAUAUGCCCAGUGAGAAGAAACAAGCCGACAUUUCUCUGAUCAUUAAUUGUAUGCCC